AUGGAGUCUGAUAGUGACAGCUCCCUCUCUGAUGCCCCUCCUGAGAAGGAACUCCAGAAAUUGGCCCCAAUCUUCAUCCAGGCCAAGAAGGCGACAAAACUAAAGGCGCCCCCGCCAGUCGCAUCACCUCCUCGAACCAAGCGAGCGCCAUCACCACCCCAUGAAGAGGUCCUAGCAGACAAUCCCGACAUUGCCUUCAUAGUAAUGUUCAGAUCGCGUUUCCAAGAGGCUUUCCCGGGAAAGACACCACACUUUGGUCCGCAGGAUAUCGAAAGAGGCGUUGUGGACAGUGUGCCGAGUCCAGAGAUACAGAGCUUGUUGUGUGCACUGUUGGCAUUGGUACUGAACAGAAAGAAGCCGGUCGAGCGAGGGCAUCAUGGACGCGCGCUCGAAGAAGCAGUCCUGUCGCACAAGUCCCAAUGGCCGCUCAAGUGGAAUGGCCAAAAUCCGCUGCAUGGAGGCAAGGACUUCAACAACAUGACGCCAGCUGAGAGGCUCAACCUCCUCCGCACUCUCAUCAUCUGGUCGCUCGGAUCCUCUGAGGUCGUGGCAGGAAUCAUCAAGGACAAGUACAAGCAACAACGCCACAACGACGACGAGAAUCAGCCACUCUCUGUGCAGCCAUGGGGACAAGACGGUGACAAGAGACGGUACUUCUUGGUGCAAGGUCUUGACGACCACAGCUUCAGGAUUUACCGAGAAGGAAGCCGACACACCAGGAAUGCACAUUGGUACAGCAUGGCCGGCACGAUUGAUGAGGUCAAGACGAUGGCGGUGAAGCUUGAGAACAAGGAAUACGACGGCUCGCAAGCUGCACGCAGGCUCGCCGGCAAGAUGUACGCCGCUGUGCCCGUGUUUGAAGCAACCGAGGAGAAACGCAAUCGCCGCGAAUAUCGUCAGCAACGUCGCGCUGCCUUCACUCGCCCCGAACCUGGCUUUGGCAUCUACGAAGGUCGCACUCGUGGCAAGCGGAUGCGCUAUACUUAUGACGAGGACGACGAGAGUGCGGGCGGCGACGACUCAGAUGCAACCUCCACCCGCAGAUCUACUCGCCACCAGUCUGCCCGCAGCACUCCAUUCGAAGCCGGGCCACAAUAUACAGCCAGCGGUCGCCAGAUCAGACAGCCACGAACUGGAGAAUACGGAGAGAGCCUCCUUAGCAAGGAAGUGAUGAGUGAUGAGCUCGGUCCUGACUACGACGGCGGCGAACGUGCCGGAAGCGACGAAUCAGAUCCUGUGCAUGGUGGCCGACCUACGAGAGCAGCACGAGGUUAUGCUUAUGUGGUGGACAAUCCACGAAAGCGGAAGCACAUUGACGGGUACAACAACAUCGAUGCGAUGAGCGACGAGGAGGACGAUGCCACUGGGGACGAUUGGAACUCGGAUGCGAAUGCCUCUGGGGACGAGAACCUGCCGGAUGCUGACGACGUGGACGAUGCGCCAAGCGAGGAUGAAGACGAAGACGAUCUGGGAGAGCGACCUUCUGGAAGUCUCAUUGUCAAGCUCAAGGUACCAACGCUUGGGGACCUGGCGUCGAAACAGCAGCUGAGAGAUACGCCACCCACGAGCCCACCAACACCCGUUCAAGUCAAGUCCGAGAAAGACUCAAUACAUUCAGAGGACACCAAGGAUGGCGCAGCAAAAGUCCAGUCUCCGGAUACAGUACUGAACGGUGUGAUGUCUACAGAUAUUCCGGAGGUUGCCGCCUCCGAACACGCCACUUCCUUGACGAUCGCUCAAGCAGAGCACAAGGCACUGGCUGCACCUGUCCAGUAUCCUACACCCGGAAUCUCUCGCGACUACACCGGCCACAACGGAGCGGAUAUGAAUGGGAAUGCCCCAGCACCCGCCACGACUGAAGUGGGAGGUGCACCAACGUAUUAG